AUGCCCACCCUCCCCUCAGCGCUGGCCAUGGACGGGGAGAACUACCUGCAUCCAGAAGGCCCUCAGCUCGACAGCAGCUUGUUCUCGGUGGCUCCCUCUAACACAGAGAGUUCGAUCUACACCUCGUCUGAUUCCUGGGGAUCCUACUCUCAGCAGGCUGGAUACAGCAUCCACUGCCCUAUGCAAUCUGGAAACCAGCAAUACCACUUGAGCAGCAGCACUACCACCACCACUCCGGACGUGCACAUGGACAUGUACUCGGGAUUCUCUGAUGUGGACUUUUCCAGCCUCAACCUCCCCAGGAACGGAGAUUUCCCACAGGACCUGUCCUGCAUUGAUGACCUCUCCACAAACUCUCUGUUCUCGUCUCCGGCUGACUCCCUGUCAGAGUAUGCUGAUGCCCAGUCCUUCAUCAGCACAGACAACCUGGACUCAGUGCCACUGCCCACCCUCUGGGACGUCAACACUAGUACCACCACCACCACACCAGCACACAGCCAGCUAGAGCUGAAUGGCACCGGCAGGUUUCAUGGCUUGGCCAGUUUGGAUGAUAUAACUGCUAUUAUCAGCACCCCACCUUUAGGAGGAUUCCAGGUUCAGAAUACCCAGCCGCCGCCGCCGCCGCCACCGGCAGAGGAGGAAGAGGAUGCCGAGGAAGAGGAGACAGAAGAACUGGGACAUGUAGACACAUAUGCCGAGUACAGACCUUCCAAAUCCACAAUAGGAAUCUCUCAUCCUGACAUAGUGGUGGAGACAAACACGCUCUCCAGUGUCCCUCCUCCAGACAUCACCUACACCUUGUCUAUCCCCGAGUCGACCAUUAACUGUGGCCACCUGUCUGCUCUGCAGCUGGAGGCCAUCAUCUACGCCUGCCAGCAACACGAGGUCAUCCUUCAGAACAACCAGAGGGCGGGCUUCCUGAUCGGAGACGGGGCGGGGGUCGGAAAGGGACGCACUGUGGCGGGAAUCAUCCUGGAGAACUACCUGAAGGGGAGGAAGAAAUCACUGUGGUUCAGCAUAUCCAAUGACCUGAAAUUUGAUGCAGAGAGAGAUCUCAAAGACAUAGAUGCACUGAAUAUUCCUGUGCAUGCCUUAAACAAGAUUAAGUAUGGAGACACAGCUACCUCAGAAGGAGUCCUGUUUGCAACUUACUCCGCGCUGAUUGGAGAGAGCCAGGCAGGAGGGCAGCACCGGACCAGAAUAAAACAGAUACUCGAUUGGUGCAAGCCCGACUUUGACGGCGUCAUUAUUUUCGAUGAAUGCCACAAAGCCAAGAAUGCUACUUCUACAAAGAUGGGCAAGGCGGUGCUCGACCUGCAAAACAAGCUGCCACGGGCCAGAGUGGUUUACGCCAGUGCCACAGGUGCCUCUGAGCCAAAGAACAUGAUCUAUAUGAGCCGCCUGGGAAUCUGGGGUGAGGGCACACCCUUCAGAGCCUUCGAGGACUUCCUGCACGCCAUCGAGAAAAGAGGUGUGGGUGCCAUGGAGAUCGUUGCCAUGGACAUGAAAGUAAGCGGGAUGUACAUUGCCAGGCAGCUGAGCUUCUCAGGGGUUUCUUUCCACAUCGAGGAGAUCGGACUGGACAGUGACUUCAAACUGGUCUACAACAAAGCUGCCAAACUGUGGGCGGAGGCGUUGCAGGUGUUCAUGCGCGCGGCUGAUGAGCUGGGCCUGGUCAGCAGGAAGUCUCUGUGGGGGCAGUUCUGGUCAUCUCACCAGCGCUUCUUCAAAUACCUCUGCAUCGCCGCCAAGGUCCGCUGCCUGGUGGAGCUGGCCAAAAAAGAACUGGAAGCUGGAAAGUGCAUCGUCAUCGGACUGCAGUCUACAGGAGAGUCUCGCACCAGAGAAGUCCUAGAUGAGAACGACGGGCACCUGGACAGAUUUGUUUCUGCUGCAGAGGGAGUUUUUCAGUCGCUUGUUACAAAACAUUUCCCAUCAGAGAAACAGAGGAGAGAGAAGGCGCCGAGUAACAAGAGAAAACGGAAGCCAAGAGGUCGCCAGACGAAGGUCCCAAAGCACACCGUGGACAGCGGCGGCGUGAUCAACAUCAGCGAUGACAGCAGUAGUGACUCCGAUGGCAUGGACACAGACUCCAACUCCUCCCCAGACUCCCUGCUGGACAACGAUGAUGUCAUCUUUGUGAACCACACUAGCUGCCAGACGGCCAGGAUAGAAGAGAUGAAGCAGGGCCUCCUCAACAAAAUCGCCGUGCUGGGAAAAGAACUACCUCUUAACACCCUGGACGAGCUCAUUGAUAAGUUCGGAGGACCAGACAAAGUCUCCGAGAUGACUGGUCGUAAGGGGCGUGUGGUGCGGCGCCCUGACGGCAGCGUCCGAUACGAGUCCCGCGCCGAGCAGGGUCUCACCAUCGACCACAUCAACAUCAAGGAGAAAGAUCGCUUCAUGGGCGCAGAAAAGUUCGUGGCCAUCAUCUCGGAGGCAGCCAGCUCGGGGAUCUCCCUGCAGGCGGACAAACGGGUGAAGAACCAGAGACGACGGGUCCACAUGACCUUGGAGCUGCCAUGGAGCGCAGACCGAGCCAUUCAGCAGUUUGGUCGCACCCAUCGGUCCAAUCAGGUGACGGCCCCGGAGUACAUCUUCCUCAUCUCGGAGUUGGCGGGGGAGAGACGUUUUGCCUCCAUCGUGGCUAAAAGACUGGAGAGCCUGGGCGCUCUAACGCACGGGGACCGGAGAGCCACAGAAUCCAGAGACCUGAGCAAGUACAACUUUGAGAACAAGUAUGGUACCAAGGCUCUGGAUAAGAUCACCAAAGCAAUCCUGGGCCACAUAGAGAACAAGGUGCCCCCUCCCAAAGGCUACCCCGGGGGUGAAGCGCUGUUCUUCUCAGAUAUGAAGCACGGCAUGAUGAACGUGGGCAUCUUCUGUCGGGAGUCUCGCUUUGGAAUCAGUACUGAGAAAGACUGCAGCAUCACCAAGUUCUUAAACCGCAUCCUGGGCCUGGAGGUCCACAAGCAGAACUUUCUCUUCCAGUACUUCACCGACAACUUCGACUACCUGAUCGAGAAGGACAAGAAGGAGGGCAAAUACGACAUGGGGAUCCUCGACCUGGCCCCGGGUAACGAUAAGAUCUACGAGGAGAAACAGGAAAACUUCUUGACAGUUGGAAACCCUCAGGAUGGACAGGUGGUUCUGUACAAGAUCAGUGUGGACCGAGGCAUGCCCUGGGAGGAGGCUUACAACAGGUCACUGCAGCUCAGCGGUCCUGAUGAGGGCUUCUACCUGUCCCUGAAGCUGCGAGGUAAUCACCCCUGUGUGCUGCUCGCUGAACAAGGACGAGGCAAGAACCUCAUCGUCUACAAGCCCAACAUCGGCAAGCAGACGCACCCCGAGAGCCUGGACAACCUGCAGCUACGUUACCGCAAGGUGACUCCAGAGGAAGCUAAGGACAGCUGGGAGAACCAGUUCACCUUCUCCUUCAAGAAGUGUAGCCAUGCCAACUGGAAUGGGAAAUGCAAGAAAAUCGAGGAAGGCCAGGAGUGUUUGCAGGGCAUGCGCAUCCGUCAGUACCACAUGUUGUGUGGCGCUCUGCUGCGCGUGUGGAAGCGCGUCUCUGACGUGGUGUCGGACAUCACCAGCUCCAGCAUCCUGCAGAUUGUCCGACUAAAAACCAAGCAGCAUAACAAGCAAGUCGGUAUCAAGAUCCCGGAGAACUGUGUUGCCCGCGUGCGCGAGGAGCUGCUGCAGAUGGACGAGGAGGUGAAGAAGAGACGGAAGGAGAGAGAGCAGCAGGCCGUGGAGCAGCGGCUGGCCGAGGAGCGCAUGCGCAAAAUGGAGCAGGACAACAAACACCUCCUCGCAAAUCUGUUCAACCCGAAGCCCAUGCUCAACCAGUCUCUGGCCCAGUCUCUGGCCCAGAAUCAGAUCAAACAGAAACUGAACCAAAACGCUCUCCAGAGGUCGCAACCCGGGAACAUCGCUCAGCAGCUGCAGAGAAUACAAGCCCAUAAACAGUCCUUACAGCAGCCCUCCCAGAACUCAGCCCUGCAGAACUUACAGAGAAAUCCCAGCCAAUCCCAGCAAAGAACCCACAACAACUGGUCCAAAACGUCCACCAGCUCCAGGACCCACCAGGGGCCCCUUCCCAACAUGGUCAGCCUCGGCUCCCAGUUUUACCCGCAGGCCUUUCUGCCCUCGUUCUCCCAGCUGAAGAAACCGUCUCUUCCACUCCAUCAGACCACUCUGCCUCCCAACGUGUCCUCCAAGAAUCCCCUAGACGAGAUCCUGGACCUGACUGUGUGUUCAACGCCUUCCCCCUCCCCGGACACCACGGAGGGGGGGCUGAAUCUGGACAGUCUGACGGGACACUCUGCUGGAUUUGGAGAUGACUUUAAUCUGGAGUCUCUGAUCUCUCACACUGCAUCGAGCGCCCAGCACACUGCACAAAUACAGACGCCUCUUUUGCUGCAGCAGCAGCAGCACCUGCAGGCGACGCAGCAGAACCACAACCUGCUGGCUAACAACCACCACCAAGACUUCAAUCUAGAUUUUCUAGACCUGCCUAUCUCUCCCCAGAUGCCCACACAGAAAGCCAGCCCUUCCUCCUCUACCUCCUCAUGCUCCUCCUCCACCUCUUCUGUGUCCAACAACAUGGCGCCCCACGCCUCAGCCGGCCUCCUGCCCGCGUCCGGCCUCCUCCCCACGUCACCCUCCUCCUCGUCCCUCUUCUCCAGCCCGUCCUCGUCCUCCUCUCUGUUUUCCAACUCUUCCUCUCGCUUCUCCUCCCUUUAUCUCCACCCGCAGUCGGAUUCUAUACCCAACGGCCACUGCAGCUCUGCAGCUCUGGACGUCCGCGAGGCUCUGAACAGCAUGCUGCAGAACGGGCCGGACCGCAAGUCUGUCAUCAAGUACCGGCCGCAAGACUGAGAGCUGAGAACAGCGUACUCGUUUAGUCAUUUAAAGCAGAUAGUCUCCUAGCUGCUGCUGCCCCCCCCCCCCCCCUCCUCCUCCUCCUCCCUCAGGGCCUAUAGUCACGUCACUGCCUGUCUGCUCACCCUUCUCUCUGUCCACCUGUAGUGUUUACCUGCUCGAGGCCGCUCAGGUGACAGCGGGCUCCAUAUCCGAUCUCUGCACCAAAGUGUGUCCUCCGCAGUGAAAGGCAGCUGUUUGAAAUCAAAGACCAUGUGAGAACUGUAUUUUAUGGAGCUGUCGCAAAACAAAACGGCUCAUCACACCGAGGUGUGGGAAAUCUUUUAAUAAAAACCCUCCGCUGCUGAUUUUACGAGGUAUGAUUGGUGAAGCUGCUGGAAGCUCUAAAUGCCUUUCACCAGUUUGAAACCACAUCUGUAGACUUUUGCUUUACUGUUACUUUUUGCUUCAGGACGUUGCGUGUUUGACUAAAAAAACGAGGCCGUAUGCAAGGCGUUGGUCAGAGAGUCGAGAAGAGAGAAGCCCAUUGGAUCUGUCGCUGGUUAGCCGUGAAAUGCCUCCGUUUUUCCUUGCGUUCUUCUUCAUGCUCCCUCGUGUUUCUCUCCCUGCUUGUAUGAACACUAGAGUGAGGAUGAAGGGAGAAAGUCUGCUGUUGCAAACAGUGCCUUUUGGAGAAAUCUAUAAAUGCAGUCUUUAAGAAUCCAUGUAGCCUAAUGUAUAGAUUUGUACUCUUUAGCAUUGGUUUUAAUUUAAAUAUGGUAUAUUUGUAUUUAACUCUUCGUCCCCCCUCCGUCGGGUCACUCGCUCGGUCAGUCUCUUGGUCAGUUGGUCGGCGGUCGUCGUCACACUAUGCUCUUGAUGUGCUUCAGGAAGAAGCCUCUAUCAGCCUGUGUGUCCUCGUCUGACUGUCUGAGCUUCUGAGUGUCUGUAUGUGAGUGUGUGUUUAAGUGCGUGCGUGUGUGUCUCCUUUUCCCGUCAGUUCAGAGUAUGGCUCGGAUUAUUGCUCAGCAUGGAUUAAAAAUGGUGUCCAAAUAUUUUAUCUCUCAUUUUUUAUAAAGCUGACGAUAACUUUUA